AUGAGAGCUCCAAAUUAUUAUAUGAAGAACGAUCUAGAUAGUGCUUGUGUACGUUACCCAUUUGAUUCUUCACAAACAAUUGCAUUAUUUGAAACCAGGAUGGGCAAAAAUAAAAAGAAAACAGGCAAAAAGACCAAAAUUCAUCCCCAUGAGGAGAAUACUGACAAAAUCGUUAAUGAACAUGAAGAAGUAUUCAAUCCUGAAAACGAACAUGAUCCCUCAAAAAAAUCUACAGAUGCGGAAACUAGUAGUGUAUUGGUUAAUGAAGAAGUUAAGCAGGAAGAUCCUUCCAUAGGAAUAGACCAACAAGCAGUCAAUGAUGACCUGACUACCAAGUCUUUGGAGGAAAAAAAGGCCGAUGACAAGAUAGAGGAGCUAAAAGAGGAAAUCGAGCGUUUGAACUUGGAAUUAGAUGGCAAAAAGCACCAAGAAAUGCGUAAUGAAGUUGUUAAAGAUGAGCUAGCAAAUGUUAUUAAGGAAAGAGACGAAUUUAAAUCACAGUAUGACACGUUAUUGAGCAAGAUAUCCUCUAUGAAAACAAUUUUUAACAAGAUGAAGGAGGCACAAAAACAAUUGGAAGAAGUACAAGAGCAACUUACUGAGUACGAAUCGCAAAACCUAAAACUAAAAAAGAAACUUGAAGCCACCAAGACAGAAAACUCGGAAUUACAAUCAACAAUUGUGACUUUAAACAAUGAGUUAGAAAACUUGGAAAAGGAGCAAGAAAAUACAGAGGAUGUCUUUUUGGAAUAUGAAUCAAGAAUAGAAGCUUUACAAGAUGAAAACAAUGGCAUAAUUGAAAAGCAUAGCAAAGAACUUAACUCAUACAGGAAAGAAAAAGAUCAGUUGAAUAUUCAGGUUCAGGAACUUAUGAUAAUCUUGGAAAACAAUAAACAAGACAUAUCCGACUUGAGGGCAGAAAGAGAUGAAUUGAAACAGGCUCUGGAAUCCCGCGAGAGUGAGAAAGCAGUAUUACAAAACUCGGUAGAUAAUCUGGAAUUGAAAAUUGAAGAAAUUGAUAACAAAAGAGGAGAAGAGGCUAGAGAGAAGGACCUCGAAAUUAAAGCUUUACGAUCUCAACUUGAUACCGAAUUGGAAGCACACAAUAAUGACACAAAAACUCUGGAAGGUUUGAAAAAACAAAUAGAAGUCAUGAGAGAAGACAUAUCUAUGAAGGAAAAAUAUGAAGAAGAAUCUAAGCAACAUAUCUUACAAAUUGGAAAACUUCGUCACGAAGCGAUCAUAUUAAAUGAGCAUUUGACAAAGGCCCUUACCAUGUUAAAGAAGUCAAGCGACUCUGAAUCCGUCGAUAAGGAGCUGAUAUCCAACUUAUUAAUAUCUUUCGUAUCCAUACCCAGAGCAGAUCCAAGGAAGUUUGAAGUUCUUGAAUUGCUAUCCAAUUUUCUAAACUGGGAUGAAGACAAGAAACAACAAGCCGGUUUGAUCUCGAACAACGAACAGUCCAGAAACUCAGGCGCAGUAUCAAGAACAGAAAGCUUCGUAUCACUUUGGACCAAUUACCUUGAGAAAGAGAGUGAGAAAGAUUGA